CAGCAGAGGACUCCGAUACGGAUCCGCUUUCAAGUCAUCACAUCCGCGUUACUGUCACAUUCGUUUUGGUUCCGCUUGGCGGAUCAGCGUCGCCACCGCGCGCCGCCGCACAUUCUACUGUCAAAACGCGGAUCAUGACCGGAUCCAAAUCUGAUUCACAAACACGGACGCGCCUCUACCAAAGUCCUUCUGCCUCUACUGUCAAAAUGCGGCUCCGCGACACACCCGUAUCGGAUACGCAGACGCGGACGCGCCAUCAUUCCAACGGACGCACGGCCAGCACAGCAUAAUUUUGAGCUCGCAAAUAUGCCUUUCAACCUCAUCUCCUUCACCGCCACGAACGACAUCGCUGUGGUGCCAGACAGCUGGUGUGACGAUGGGGAGGUGUCCUGGCCAAGUUUCAAAAGCUCUGACCGAAUUAAAAGAGCUGUGGCUAACUGUGAGGAGCCAGAGCCAAACUGGCUCCAAUACGAUAUGCGGGUCAUCAAAAGCUGUGCCCACUAUAAGGAUGCUGAGGCGAUGCUCGGGUCCUAUGGGGAAGGCUGCAACACUUCCGAGCUGCAGACGGAUGCAGAGCUGGAGACAUGUCUGCCAUCUAAGCGUCCUAGGAGGGCAGUCCAUCGUUUUGGAGAUGACACCUCCAGCGAUGAGGACAUGGGGGCACCUGAAGGUGUGUCCCAGCUUCAAAGCUCCCCUAUCAUCCGAGGAACUGCUUCGAAGCAGAGGAUGACUCAUGGAACAGCACCAGCACCCGCACUCUCACCACCUCCUGAAGCGCCAAGAUCCAGCGUAGCAAGGCAUGGAGGAAUAAACCAUGAUGCCCCCUGCUCUGGUGUGUCCCAGCUUCAAAGCUCCCCUAUCAUCCGAGGAACUGCUUCGAAGCAGAGGAUGACUCAUGGAACAGCACCAGCACCCGCACUCUCACCACCUCCUGAAGCGCCAAGAUCCAGCGUAGCAAGGCAUGGAGGAAUGAACCAUGAUGCCCCCUGCUCUGCGUUUGAGGUCCAGAAAUUGACGCUGCUCCAGAAAAUCGUUCACCAGAACGAGCAGAUUCUGGCUAAAUUGGAUUUCCUGGCAAGCCGCCAAAAUUGCCCCACGCCAGAGAUGACAGGACCUGAGAUUUCCAACGUUCAAUUUCCCCUGGAGGACCUACAGGCAGUAGAUGCCUUUGAAGAUCUACUUAAAGACCAGGCCAAUGCCUCCACUCGACAGCAAAUUAUAUCUUCUUUAUCGAUAAUCGGAGGCCAGGACCUGAAGAGGAUAACCUGGAACAUCCUUGGUCGAAUAUUCGGGGUUGCUGUGGCCCACCAGAUAAACUGGAAGGGGGUGAAUUCAAAGAGGGCUUUCAGCCGGAUGGCCAUUAGGCCUCUUCUUUUCUGUGCCGUGAGGAAAAACCCAAUUGCCUGCAAGUCUGCAAUGGACGAAGACAUCAGCAAGCACGCCAUACGUUGGUUUAAUUUAGCUGGGGAUCGGGCCACCAGGAAGGCGAAAGAGAUCAACAAUCAUUAAAUACAAUACAUUAAAUACAACAGU